UUUUUCAGUUUUAAUUAAACGUUUUAAAAUAAUGCAAGAAUCUAAUAUUGAUCUCAACUCAAAUCCCUCCUACGGUCCACAUAUUCAAAAUAUAUUUAUUGAUAAUCAAGAAUCGCCUGUCAGGGUUUUAAUGGCACAUGAAUGCGUUUCUUACUAUUUGCCUUCCUCUAGUUCUCAAUCGUUUGGUAAUUAUGAUUUAGUUAAAAAUUAA